AUGUUCCGUUCAGAGGAGUCUCCGUCGGCAUCCAUCCAUGGAACACCUCACAUUUCAGAGCUCCAAACAACUGAGGUAUCCGUAGGCACCUUUGGUACCUCUACACCCCGGUCAUCCUUCUUCGUCUUCUUCUUCUUCUUCUUCUCCCUCUUCCUCCCCCCUUCGCUCCAUAGCGGCAUGCCCCGGGCAUGGAGGGCCCCCGUCGCGUCUCUGAGAAGUCCGAACCAUCCCGUGCUACCACCUCGCUAUCCUCUUUUCAUUCACUCCGCAGUUCCCUUUCACCUUAUCCUCAAUCGAGCUGCUUUUCCCCAACUGACACUUGUUGCUUGUUUUCGAGAGCAGGGGAAAUCGCUUGAACCACCAACGACGUACGUCAAGCCGCCCCGAUACCUCAUCGAGAACCUAUCUGUAUCCAUACCCAUACCCGUCUCCUCUUAUCCCCUUUUUUCUUCUUCUGUUCUUUUCUGGGGGGCGUCCAAGAACCCGUUCUUCGGCUCCGUGGAUUCCAUUGAAAUCCGGACGAGAGAGAUACGACACCCCAACCAUCUCACCCUUCACCCUCACCCUCAUCCACUCGGUUACCCCCAGUCUCUCUUCUCGGCCUUCUCCCCCCGUCAAAAAAGGGAUCCCCCCAAAAACCGCCGAGUGACCUCGACUCUUUCUCCCACUACCCCCGACCCAAGUUUCUCACUCGAGUCGCGUUUUUUCCUUUUUCUGCGCGGCCACCCCAUCGCACCACGCAUCUCCGCAGAAAUACCUACACAAAUCCGCUCGGCUCAUAACCCGCACCGCAGCCAGUUCGUUUCGCCAGGCCAAGCCUUCCCGCUUUCCGCUGCGAACAAACCACAACCACCACCACCACCCACCUGCUGCCGCCACGCUACCUUGUGCUUGUCUCCAAAAAAGACCAGCUUCCUUCUACCACCAAACCAUCCAUCCACCGCGCCCGCGCCGCCUCCUGUCCGCUAUCCGCUGUGGCUACCGACAAGCAACAACAAAUUCCUCGCUUCCGUUGUCGCCCGCGUAACCUACCCACCUACCUACCACCUACCCUACCAACUCAACUCUCCUACCUGCCAUCUUUCUCAAUCAGUCAACCUUACCUGCCUUCCCACCUCCACCACACGCAAGGCACCGCAUCCGCUCCGCACCAGACUCAAUACAGGUUACCUCCCGUUCCGACCUGCCUCCUUCUGCGACAACAUUCAAGCUACACACAGCAAGAGCUCAUCCACCCUGAUCAAGUAUAGAUCAAUCGGCACCACGCUCAAAGCAGUAUCUCCACCGUUUUUUUUACCUUUUACUGCCUUGUGA